UCGAAGGACAAAAAGUAAUCGCGGCGGCAUUCUUGUAAAAAGAUAAAUAAAUAUAUUCUUUCUCUUUUCUUUUACGAUGUCAGCGGGCUCAAUAGAUUUAAGUUCAUAUCGUGAUCAACAUUUUAAGGGUUCUCGAGCUGAGCAAGAGCGGUCUUUGCGAGAAUCUACCACUUUGUAUGUAGGCAAUUUAUCAUUUUAUACAACUGAAGAGCAAAUUCAUGAAUUAUUUUCCCGUUGUGGUGAGGUGCGCCGUAUAGUAAUGGGUUUGGAUAAAUAUAAAAAAACUCCAUGUGGAUUCUGCUUCGUAGAAUAUUAUACAAGACCAGAAGCCGAAAAUGCUAUGAGAUAUGUAAAUGGUACACGUUUAGAUGAUCGUUUGAUACGUGUUGAUUGGGAUGCCGGAUUUAUAGAAGGCCGGCAAUAUGGACGUGGCAAAACUGGUGGCCAGGUUCGCGAUGAAUAUCGUACAGAUUACGAUGCCGGCAGGGGUGGUUAUGGCAAGUUGUUAUCACAAAAAUUAGCUCCUAACACAGAUAAUCGAUGAUUUAAGUUCAAUUUUAGUAAUAGUUUAAAUAUAUAGAAAUAGUGUCUUGAUAUUCAUUUUUUUUUUGUCUAAAUUCCACAUAACCUGCGUACUUCUUGCUAUAUAAAUGAAACAAAAGUGUGACAGAGAUUUCAUGAACAGCUCGUGUAAAAUCUCGAAUUUAAUCGCGGAAAUUUUAAGCGCGAUAACAAGAAAACCUUUCUUAAUGAAAAAUAUGCGCAAUUCGACGUAUUUAUGACUUUCUAAAAUGCUGUCGUAGUAACCGUCAAUUUCUGAUUGUCGCAUACUGUAAUUCUAAAGGGUUUUUGAAAGGUUCAGUCUUAUGCUGCAUUUGACUUCUUUGUCUGCAGUGCGAAGAAAUUGCAAUUGCUUAAAAAUUAUCGAUUAAAUUAAGCCAACAUUGUUUAUUUUUGCAAAUGAACGGUGACGGACG